AUGGAGGGACGCCUCCCUUCUGUCAUUGUGUUGCAGGUCACUCCUCCCAUCAUCGAGCUCCUGCUACUUCGUUCCAUAGAGUGGAUGACGUCUAAGGGUGGAACAUAUCAUGCUGCGCUGGAACAAGCCGGUACCGCUGUUUUGCGGUACUCCAUAAAUGACGAGAGGGUUUCACUUGCCAAGAACCUCGUGGAGGUGCUUCCCUGUGAACUUGCCUUGGACCAUCCACCAGUUUGA